CCGGAGGUUGCUAUGUCAAUGUUUUCAUUCCGGCUGCUAGAGGAAGAAGCGGUAUGGCGACUGUGGCCGAUCUUAAAACCGUCCUGACAGAUACAUUGGACAAGAGAGGUGUGUUAGCACAGCUUAAAGCACAGAUCCGUGCUGAAGUUUUUACAGCUUUGGAUGAUCAGAGUGAGCCACGCCCAGCUUUGUCACAUGAGAACCUUCUCAUAAAUGAAAUGAUCAGGGAAUAUUUGGAUUUCAAUAAGUACAAAUACACAUCAUCUGUUCUAACUGCAGAAACUGGACUGUCUGAUGUUCCACUGGAUAGAUCGUUUCUUGCCCGGGAGCUUAACUUUGUAGAAGACGCAAAUGCUCAGUCUGUACCAAUACUAUAUGGGAUACUCUCUAACUUUUUAUAUGGACACAGAGGCGCUCCAUUUCACUCAUCAGAGAACCCUACACGAAGAAAUUGUGAAGGUACAGCAGGCCAAAUUACAAAAGUUGCUUAUCCAGUGCCUAUGAGAAUGGAUAAACCAGACAAUGAAGAUCCAUAUAUAAUCCAUGGUUCACAGCAUAGAUAA